AUGAGACUACAAACUGCAUGGCGGUCGCUCGGCCUUUUGCAGCGCCGGACUGCGUGCACGCACAUUGGCCGUAGGGCAAUUCAAACAGCCAGUUCUCGACCGAUCCCAAACUUCGCGUUCGCAUUUGAUAUUGAUGGCGUUCUUUUACGAGCCUCCAAACCCAUCCCGGGUGCCGCCGACUCACUGGCACUGCUGAAGGAUCAAGGCAUCCCCUUCAUUUUGCUUACCAACGGCGGCGGUAAACAUGAAACUGAGCGCGUCGCAGAGAUCAGCGAGAAAUUACAAGUCCAUUUAGAUGCUACAGAUAUUGUACAGAGCCAUUCGCCUUUUGCGGAGCUGGUCAAAGGACCAGACGAAGCGAGCGCCUUGGAGCACAAGUGUGUGCUGGUGGCUGGAGGUGAUGGGGACAACUGUCGGCGCGUGGCAGAACAAUACGGAUUCAAGAACGUCGUCACGCCAGGUGAUAUUCUCAUGGCCAAUCCUGCAAUCUGGCCGUUCUCCAAGAAUUUUGACAAUUAUUACAAAACCUUUGCUCGACCACUUCCGCAACCAAUCGAUUUGAAUGAUCCAUUGAAGACUUUGAAGAUAGACGCCAUCUUCGUGUAUAAUGAUCCUCGGGAUUGGGCCUUGGAUACUCAGGUCAUCAUGGACCUCCUUCUUUCGUCGCAGGGUCGUAUAGGCACUUUGUCUGAAAAGAACGGCCGAAUUGACCUCCCCAACCACGGUUACCAGCAGGAUGGCCAGCCCCAUCUCUAUUUCUCGAAUCCAGAUCUGUGGUGGGCCGCCGCUUACCCUUUGCCCCGUCUUGGGCAAGGUGGAUUCCGAGAGGCACUUGAAGGAGUCUGGGCUGCGACUACCGGAGGCUCCAGCAAAGGCAUUGAGUUGAAGAAGACUGUGAUCGGAAAGCCUUAUCAACCAACCUACGAAUUUGCGGAACGUCAACUGCUUCGGAACCGGUUGAAAACAUUUGGCGACUCUGCAGAUUUCCCGCCCUUGGAAAGAGUUUACAUGGUUGGAGAUAACCCAGAAUCAGAUAUCCGGGGCGCGAACUCCUACCGUAGUGGGUUUGGCAGUAGCUGGCACUCCAUUCUUGUUCGGACCGGGGUGUACAGUGGUGGUGAACCCGCAUGGACCCCCCAAACCAUUGCGGACAAUGUUCACAAGGGUGUUCAGUGGGCCUUGAAGAACUCAAAAUGGCCUGCUGCUUGA